AUGUAAUAAUAAUAAAAACAACCAAUUCAAGAAAGACGUAGAAGAAGUGGAGCUUUGCAUGCUUAAACCUGUGAAGAAUAUUUAAAAGUACUAACAACCAUAAAAUAUAAUACAGAAAUAUGAUUAAAUUGGUCAAAUUAAAAUAAGAGAAAGCUAAAGAAAAAAAAGUUUGUCAGAAUCAGCAUUUCUCAAUUUUGAUUUCAUACCAGAUGAUGAAGGAGUUGAAAAUAUUACUUAAUUGAAAAUUUUCAUAUACUCUCCAAAGUUAAAACUCAAUGAAUAAGAAUUCUUGCAAAUAUUGAAAAGAGUUAGAAAUCGUUCAAUCACAUUAGACAACAUUUCCAAUAAAUCAUUUACUUUUGACUUUGAUUUCUUCUAUAAAGAAUAUGAAGUUAAUGAAACUCAAUUUGGAUUGCAUUUUUGGAUAUAAAACAACAUUAAACACCAACACUCAUCAUUCUUUUAGUGUAAUUAAAUUUUAUUUACAAUUAUUUUAGAAUGUUAUUAUAAAGUAUUUAAUGCAGCUAUUCUAUUAUAAAGAGAUACAGCUAUUGAAUAAUAGAUUAGAGAUGCCAAUCCUAAUUGCAUUAUUAAGAUAUUCCCAUUAGUAAGGAAAUAUAAUAUUUUAGAUGGAUGAGUUACUGA